CUGGAAUGGAUGUGGAUAUGCACUCUCUGUCAUCUGAGCUGCAGAUUCAGAUUAAAUCUCUCGCAUCAGCCAUCAACACCCUGUUUGAGUUCAUCGGUACCCGUGAGGAGAGCUGUUCUGUGAGUCCGAUGAGCCGUCUGAUCGCAGAUCUGCCGCUACACGGUUGCUAUGGGAGACAAUGCUGGUUGCUAAGCAAAAGGAGGCAGUGAUGGAAGUGAGGAGGCAACUGGUCAAGGCAGCCAGCAAAGAAAACCUGCCAAUCAAAAUAGGGCAGGUUACAGCCAAACAGCUUUGUUCAUAUGUGCAGUUGGGGUCCCUGGAAAGCCACAGUGGGGUCCUACAGCUGGGACUGGCUGCUGCUCAAGCUCUCUGUCAUCCCACCCUCACACGCUGGGACGCCUGCCUUGCCUUUGAGAGACUCCUCCUGCAGGGUCACACACAUAUGUUUUUGGCACCAGCCCUCAGCUUCACUCCUCCCGCUCAUCUCCACAUACACACACACACGCACACAAACAGUGAUUGACAGCAGGACACAGAGGAGGUGGAGAGGCCUCAGGCUCUGUGCUGACGUGUCUGGAAGUACUUAAACGUCUUCUCUCCACUGCUGGUCUGCACUGAGCCCCUGUGCAGCAUCCCUCAAAAUGCAGAGAAGUGCAUUCCAUGUCAUGUUUUCCUGAUGUACUCCUGAAAGAAAGGAUACAUUUUUUUUAUCCUAUGCAGUCUCUCUCUCUUUCUCUCUCUGUGAUUUAUUUACUGUUUUAUGGAUCUGACAAAAACUGUAUGUUUGUUAAGUUUAACUGCAUGCUAUGAA